CGUUCGUUUCGUUCCGCCGAAUUGUUGCGGUUUUCUUUGUCGCUGUUGUUGUUGUUGCGACGUUUUUGUUUAUGUUAAUUCGAUCGUGUUCACUAUUUAUUUAUUUGGAUUGGCCUCUACUGCCGCAUUGGCAAUAAAUUUUGGUGAAUUUAUCGUGCACGAAAUUGAAAGCGCAAAAGUUCCUUCCCACAGCCACCAUGGACGGACAUACCUGAUACCUGUGUUUGUUUCUUUCUGAGUGAAGGCAUUUAUUAAGCGUUUGCAGCUAAAAAGGGUCAAACCGGUUUAGUUUAGCCAGUUGCCCAGUUAUUCAGUCAUGGAUAUUGCUGCGGACUCUAGCACAGCAUCGAUCUCGGCUUGCCUGCAACGUGUUGCCUCACAGUCGAGUCUCGUCCAGGCCGCAGCGCCUCAUCAUUAUCAUUAUAUACAAUAUCCGGCUCAAUAUCUGCAACAACAGCAGCAACAGCCGCAGCAGCAAUGUCAGUGCCCCUGUUCCUGUGGAAGAGCCGCAGCAAUGCAGCAGCAACAGCAGCCGCAACAUCCGCCGCAUCCAAACGCUUCCAUGGCUGUCGACGUACUCGUCCAUCAGCAGACUUCGACGUCGACGGCGACAUCGACACCUGUCCAACAGGUGGGAGUGAAGGCCCAGUCAGCGCAGUCUCUGCUCAAUCAUUCCUAUCAAGCCCUGCCCAAUGAGGAAAAUCACAAUUUGCCCUUUGACAGCUCGACCCUCAGCUCGCCGAGAUGCGAAUGUGAUCUCGAGUGCAGCUGCGCUGCCAACAGCAUAUCCGUCUCCAUCUCACAGCAGCAACACAAGCGUAGCCUCCUCGCAGAUGCGAUGCUGGGCGCAGACGAGAUUACGGUCAGUGAAUCGGACAAUAACAGCACCAUGAUCAAGAAGAAGAAGCCACGUAAUGCGAACAACACGGCGGAUCAGCUGCCAGCCAAGGUGGACAGCUGCAAUGACAUCUACCAUGAUACGGAGCUCGAGGCGGUUGCAGCUGUUGCAGCUUCCUCUGCUAGUGGAGGUGCCAAAUCUCAAGGCCUGGAUGAUAAUCGUCCACCGUUGCCGCCACGCCCGCCGCCCAGGCCAAGGAGCAAUGCCAAUGGUUCCACAGCGCAUCGUCCUGGCGCUGGCAUCAAGAAGUAUGUAGUGUGGUGCCUCAUCUGUGGUGGCUUCAGCUGCCUCCUUGGCGUUCUCUUCCUGGGCGUCUACUUCCUGCUACAUUCCUAUACCAUAACCGUGGGCAACUUUGAAACGGUGCCCACUUUUGUGCCCGCCACACUGCUCAUUCUAACAGGCGUUUGCAUCAUGAGUCUGGCGCGUCGUCGCAAUCGGUACAGCUAUUUGAUCAAGCUUUCAGGCGCCUGUGGCUUGGUCUCAGCCCUAACCUGCGCCCUGGUCACUGUGACCACGACGGUGCUGCACAUGAGCCGACUGCAGGCCUUGCGCGAAUGCGAAUACGCGCAGAAGACGCGCACCUGCACCUGCUACUCGGAUCUGAUCGAGUCCCAGGUGGAUCGCGUGGACAAGGAAGGUGUGCGUCUGGUCUUUGACUCGCUCUCAGAUUGUGGCGUCGUCCAUGGUUCGCUCUACUCGUGUCUGCGCGCCAUCUUUGGACUCUCCGUUGCCGGAGUCCUGAUUGCCGUGUUCAGCUGCAUGCUGGUCUACCAGCUGCUCAGCCAUGAGCGCAAGAAGAUGUACUGGGAGCAGCUGGAGCUGCGCUGUCGUUCACUCUAUGCCACCCAGGCGCCGCCACCGCCGCAUAGUCUGAGUGCACCGGGUCGCAUGCUCAACUGUCGUUGCUGUGAGCAGUGCCAUGCCCAUCGGCAGCUGACGAACUCGUAUCCCUGGGAUGAGGCGAGCGCAGCAGCCGCAGCAGCAGCCGUAGCUGCAGGCGCUGGUGUUGGAGUUGGACCUGGAGCCGAGCAACGCUUCUGGACCGCCCAGCCGCCAGGGAAUUUCUAUUCACCCAAUCCAGGCGGCGGCGAGGAGGCGCUCAGUGGCUGUCGCAAUGGACGCAGCGGCUGGAGCUGGCCGCGAAUGCCAUGGCAACGCACCACGCCGGAUGCGACACGUAGAUUUCGACAAGCAGCUGCCAGCCCGGAUUCACAAUACGGCUUCAGCUCGGCGACAGCUGUAGCAGAUGGCAAUCAGAUGUUGAUUGAGGAGCCUGUCGUGGCUUUGACAACGUUACCAUAUGGCGUCUGGGGUCCACCGCCGCCGUACAGUGAUCCCAAUAGUCCGGCCAGACGGGGCUACUAUCAAUAUCUGCAGGCGGUUAAUCCCGCCAUGCCACAACAGAUGCAGCAGCAGCAGCAUCAACAGCAGCAACAACAGCAGCAGCAGCAGCUGCAGUUGCAACAGGAGCAGCAAGUGCCACAGCAAUCAGCUCAAUCUGCCACCAUGGAGCGCAUGGAUACUCUAAGUGUUGGUGGCGGAGGCGGCUGCACAGCCUCAUCUGUGAGUGGCUUCAAGGCCAAAGCCGUUGGCCACGCGGAAUACGAAAAUACGCACUCGGACAGCGAUGGCUGCAAUGGUUGGAGGGAGCGCGAUCGCUGCUCCAAUACCUUGCCCACGCGCAAGCUAAAGAAGCGCAUCGAGGCGGGCGCCAAGAGCAUCGGGCCACAGAACACCCAGAACAGCAGCCAGCAGCGACCAAAUGUCCAGCAGGUGUUUGCCAAGCAGCAGGAACCCGAGGUGGAGGAGGAGGAGGAGGAGGAACAGGUGCUGCAGGCGCAGCCAACAGCUGCCAAUGGAGUUGAGAACAAUGGCUAUCAGGACUCCAAUGGAGCCAUAGCCAAGGGCCAGGAAGCUGCCGAAUCGGAGGUUUACUUCGCUGAUGUGAGCAGCUGCUGCAAUGACAACUACUAUCAUCAGCCGCAUCAACAGCCUCACCAGCAUCAUCAUCAGCACAGCAACUGCAGCAGCAAUCAGAGCGGCAGCAACAGCAACAACAACGAGGAUUAUCUGGCGCAACGUUUCGGACGUAGGGAGCAUUCGAUCAGGAGUCGCUUGCCCAUACCGCAAGCCCGGCUCGAGGAUGACUACGAGAGCUCCAAUCUAAAUAUACCAACGCUGAAGAGCGCCGCCUUGGAUCAGCAGCAACAGCAACUGCAAAAGGACAUCUCAAGGCAAAGCAUGUGCUCUGUGGAAUCAGAGCCCAAAACGGAGUUCACAGACCUGUCGCCAUCGACGCCCUGCGAUGGUGCAUUGCAGCAGCUGCCGCCGCCACCUGCCAACUUUGCCAGCGAUCCGCCUGCCACGCAGACAACAGCUGCUAACUUUGUCGCCUCGUUUCCCUAUUCAUCGGAAUCGCAGUGUUUGGAGGCGCAUCGGCGUUCCACAAAAAAUAUACACGAGCUACUGCUGGCUGGGAAUGGCAGUGGCACCGAUUCCAUUCACGCUCCAGCCCACUAUGAGAUCAUCAACGAUCGCUAUCAGCUGCAACGCUCGGCCGCCGGCAGCAGCAAGCAGCACAAAUCCAAGUCGAAGAGUCGCUCGAGAGAGCAUUUGGAUAUCUAUGAAGGUAACCGUUGUCCGGGCGCCGAACGCACCGAUUGGUCCGAAGGCAAACGUUUGUGAGACGAAAAUGAAGUUUUCGUCUAGGUUUCAUAAACAACUCACUCACACAUCCAUAAACAGAUUACUGACUUAUGAUUUGUAAAAAUGAUUGCCAUCCAAAAUGAAGUCGAGUACAUUUAUAUUCGAUCUCUAAGUGAGCUUAGUAUUUCUCUCCCUCUCUCGCGGUCUUUCUUCUACGUUCCUGCUUCCCGCGCUUUUAAGCAUUGAGCUUCAAUUGAGCUGUCUUGUUUCAAUUACCUACUCACACACACACACAGUUAACUCUUUUGCC